AUGGUGCUACAGCGCAUUCUCGAAGGCCAAGAUGUGGCGAAUCGCAUGUGGCCCCAAGAGAAAUUUGCCGCGUUUACUUAUGGUGUUGGCUCGAUGUUGGUGCACGACGGUGACCUCGAGACAUUAUUGAUGUGCCUGGAGAGUGCGGAGUGCGCUGUCGCCCAAGAAGAUUUAUGUGCAACAUUGCUGCACAGCCAACCAAGUUCGUACGACCGUCUUGUGCAGGCGUACCGUAUGUCGGCGGACAAGUUCCUUUUUCCUGAUAUCGUUAAUCGAGUGUUCGCGGAGGAAGCGCGUCAACACGAGCUGGGCAUCAAGGAGGAGCGCACCGCGAUGCUGGCUGGCCUCACCAAGAAUAUAAACAAAGUAAAGAAAAUAGGCGCGUGCUGGAAAUGCGGUAGUGUCGAACACUACAAGCGCGAUUGUCAAAAAGGCUUUGAACAAAAGGACAAAUCUUACAUUGCGUUUUGUGCGCUGGCUAGAGCGCAGCUCCGAUGGGACUAG